AUGCUUGUUCUAUCUGAGUACAAGCGCCUGCCAUAUGCGCCCUACAGGGUCAUGAAUGUGGCUGCGCGCCUCACCAUGCGCACCCGCAUCUCAACCUGCGUCUUCUUCAUCGCAAGUAUUUCGUUGAUCUACUAUAUCAAUAUCGACAACUGCAAUGCCAACAUAGAGCUCUGGCUUGGCAUCGGCCCGAUGUACAUUGCCAUGACGACGCUUUUGCUGGCGGAGGCCUUGCUCUACAGCCCCAGCCCUCCACAGCAAGCCGCCGUCAAGCUCCACUCCUCGCUGCAGCAGUUUUCAUGGACAGAGGCGGGCGCCCCGGCCGUGCUGGCCAAGCGGGGGCACCCAUCGGAGCCCCUGUUCUGCUUUGAAACCGCCCUAAAGGCCUGUUACUUCUGCCUCCAUUCCUACAGACACUUUAGGCCUGAGAGCACAGUCUCCUCGCUGCAAACAGCCCUUGCGCUGUAUGGCUGCAUGCACUAUGAGUGGCUGCGGGAGCCGCAGCUCGACAUGAACUGCCUGCUGUGCUGGGGCCCCGACACUCUGGUCAUCGCCUUCCGUGGCACGCAGUCGCUGGCCAACAUUAAGGCCGACGCCAAGUUUUGGCGCUCGCCGCAUCCGCCCCAGCGCGGCGUGGUCAUGCUGGGAAGCAGGCCGCUGAUCCACACCGGCUUUUUGGCCUCCUGGGUCGACCAUGGGCUGAACCAGCAGGUUUUGCAGCGGGUGCGGCAGGUGCUGGAGGGGCGGCAGCACGCCGCCAUGGAGCCCUUUGGUACCACGGUUGUGCGCUGCUGCAGCCAGGAGCACGAGGAGCGUGGGGCGGAGCUGGAGGCUGCCGCGGCGGCGGCACGGGCUUCCGAGGCUGCCGCGUCUGGGAUGGCUGGCUACGGGGAAGGGGGUGGCGGCGACCUCGGCGGCAGCGCCAGCGGAGGCAGCGAAGAGUGGGAAUGUCUGAACCACAAGGCAUUGGCAACUGCUGCCGCAGCGGCCACCGCGGUGCUGCCUGUAGACGAGGAGGCGGCAGCGGCGGUGGUGUCAGCGGUGAUGCAGGGCGGCCAGGAGGCGGCGGCAGCCCUGCUCUCUGCAGUAGGUGGGGGUGCCGGCAGGGACAACACCAGCAACGGCGCAGCAGUGCAGCCCGACAACGGCGCCUCCCCAGCAGGCCCGUCUGGCAGUGCGCUGGCAGCUGGUGGCAGUUGCAGCGGCAGCCGGCAGACCCCCUUCCGGGUGCUGAUCACAGGGCAUUCCCUGGGAGGCGCCGUGGGCACGCUGUGCGCCCACGACCUCGCCAGGCUGCUGCCCGAGUGGGGCCACACCACCGUGGUGAGCCCUGCCAGCUCAGCAACCUUCAGCGAGGCAGUACUGUCUCCAGCAGCAGCAGCAGCAGGGGGGCAGGCAGGAGAGGAGGGCGCCGCCGCCGAUGCCUUGGCCAGCAGCGGCAGGGCAGCCGCGGCGCCUACACUGGUAGCCGUGCAGUGCUACACCUUUGGCGCGCCUCGCACAGGCAACCACGCGUUUGCGGCAGAGCUGAAACGCAUGGUGCCCGACUCCUGGGCUGUCAUCAACGACCAGGACCUCGUGGCCAAGUCGGCAAAGUUUCUGGUGCUGUUCAAGCGCCCCGGCCACGUGUGCAUUGUAAAUCCGCGGGGAGACCUGAUAGUCAACCCAAGCUUCCUGGAGAGCAACGUGCAGCGCAGCUCGUACCGCGCGAGCAUCUCGCAGCACCUGCUGCUGUCAUACAACCAGUCAUUUGCUGCCAUCCUGCGCAGCCAGCAUGAGGGCAAGGGGCUCAGCGGCGGCGCCGAAGCCGUGGCGUUGCUGGCCGCAAACCCCGCUGUGCGCGAGCUUCUGGUUAGGCCGUUGGCAAUCAGGCAUGCCUCGCUGCGGCGCUACAUCCAGCGCAGUGCGGCAGACAAGCAAGAAGAUGCUGCAACUCUGGCAGCGGCACCCCAAGUCGUGGUGGUGAGCUCGGUACCAGGAGCACGGCCUGGAACCGCACCGGGGGACCUGGAUGGCUACCAUUGCGAGGAGGAACAGGGGGAGGCAGACGAGAUGCAGCGGCAGUCGACGAUCCCAGGCAUGCCCCGGCUGGUCAGCGCGCUGUCAACGGUGGCCAGCAUGGCCUUUGAGUCUUACAAAGUGUAG